AUGUUUUUAGAUAUAUUAAAAGGACAUAUACUAUUGGAUGCUCCUACACCUUGAGGAGUAUUUUUCCAAGAUAAUGCUUCACCUCAAAUGGAAGGAAUAGAAGAAUUACAUAAUAAUAUAAUGUUUUAUUUAGCUGUUAUAUUAUUUACAGUUACAUGAAUGAUGAUAAUUAUUAUAAAAAAUUUUGUGGCAACAAAAUCACCUAUAGCUCACAAAUAUAUGAAUCACGGUACAUUAAUAGAAUUAAUAUGAACAAUAACACCAGCAUUUAUAUUAAUAUUAAUAGCAUUCCCAUCAUUCAAAUUAUUAUAUUUAAUGGAUGAAGUUAUGGAUCCAUCAUUAGUAGUUUAUGCAGAAGGUCACCAAUGAUAUUGAAGUUAUCAAUAUCCUGAUUUUACUAAUGAAGAUGAUGAAUUUAUAGAAUUUGAUUCAUAUAUAGUACCUGAAAGUGAUUUAGAAGAAGGUCAAUUUAGAAUGUUAGAAGUAGAUAAUAGAGUUAUAAUACCAGAAUUAACACACACAAGAUUUGUAAUUUCAGCUGCUGAUGUUAUACAUUCUUAUGCUUGUCCAUCUUUAGGUAUAAAAGCUGAUGCAUAUCCAGGUAGAUUAAAUCAAGCUUCUGUUUAUGUAAAUCGUCCUGGUACAUUCUUUGGACAAUGUUCAGAAAUAUGUGGUAUACUUCACAGUUCUAUGCCAAUUGCUAUACAAUCUGUGUCAAUAAGAGAUUUCUUAUUAUGAUUAAGAGAACAAAUGGAAGGUUAA